AAAACUUGUUCAUCUUAUAAUUUGGAGUUUUUCUCUCAAAAAUUUUCUAGUACUCUUAGCUUCAAUUGGAUAAAAACACAACAACCUUAAACAUGAAGGUUCAUGAGACAAGGUCACAAUCUCAUUCAGAAGAUCAUAGUAUGAAGACAACAAAGAAACAAAAGGCAGAGAACAAAGGGCAUGAAGCAGAGCAUUCGCCGAAAAAGGCGAAAAGUAGUGGGCAUUCUAAUGGGAAAAAUGGUGGUGAAAUAGGUGCUGAGUAUGAGGAAUUUUGUAAAGCAAUCAAUGAGCAUCUUUCAAUUGAUCAUAUGCGCCAAAUUUUGGAUGCUAAUGGCUUAGAUUCCUCAGUUUCUUCUGAGGCCUCACUUGUUAGAACAUGCCAAGACUUGCUUUUCUAUGGAGCAUUAGACAAAUGCCCUGUUUGUAAUGGCACACUAGAGUACAAUGGGAUAAGGUUUUGCUGCAAUGGUUCAUACAGUGAGUGGUCAACUUGUACUUUCAGCACAAGGGAUCCGCCUAGGAAAGACGAAGCUAUCACAUUACCCGAUUCUGUGCUCGACUCCCCGGUUUCAGAUUUGUUGAAGAAAUAUCAAGACCCGAGUCGUCGCCCUGGCAAGAACUCGAAAGCAACCGAUAAACCUUUCUUAGGAAUGACUAUUUCCUUGAUGGGGCGCCUCUCUCGAACCCAUCAAUAUUGGAGAAAAGAGAUUGAGAAACAUGGAGGGAAAGUUGCCAACUCGGUUAUAGGUGUGUCUUGUCUAGUUGCAGCCAGUGCUGAACGAGAUCGCGGUGGCACAUCGAAACUAGCUGAAGCAAUGGAAAGAGGCAUACCUGUUGUGAGAGAAGAAUGGUUGGUUGAUAGCAUUGAGAAACAAGAACCGCAGCCUCUCGAGUCUUACGAUAUAGUGUCUGAUCUCUCUGUGGAUGGAAAAGGAAUCCCUUGGGAUAAACAAGAUCCAAGUGAAGAAGCACUAGAAUCAAUCUCAGCUGAACUCAAGCUUUUCGGGAAGAGAGGAGUGUACAAAGAUACUAAGUUGCAAGAACAAGGAGGGAAAAUCUUUGAGAAAGAUGGCUUACUUUACAACUGCGCCUUUUCCCUUUGCGAUAUGGCCCGAGGACUAAAUCAUUACUGCAUAAUGCAGCUGAUCAUGGUGCCCGAGAACCGUCUCUUUUUGUAUUACAAGAAAGGAAAAGUUGGCGAUGACCCUAAUGCAGAGGAAAGGCAAGAAGAGUGGGAGAAUGUAGAUGAGGCUUUGAAGGAGUUUGUGAGGAUGUUUGAGGAAGUUACUGGCAACGAGUUUGAAUCAUGGGAAAGAGAGAAAAAGAUCCAAAAGAAGCCAUUGAAAUUCUAUCCCAUCGAUAUGGCCGAUGGAGUAGAAGUAAGGCACGGGGCUCUAAGUCUUCGGCAGCUAGGAAUCGCUGUAACACAUUGCAGACUCGAACCUCUUGUUGCGAAUUUGAUGAAAGUAAUGUGCAGUCAAGAGAUAUACAAAUAUGCCUUUAUGGAGAUGGGAUUGGACUCUCCUGACCUGCCAAUAGGAAUGGUUACUGAUCUUCACUUGAAAAGAUGUGAGGAAGUACUCUUGGAGUUCAUUGAAACAGUGAAAACAAUGCGAGAAUCGGGGAGGAAGGCUGAAGCAGUUUGGUCUGAUUUCAGCCAAAGAUGGUUUACUCUCAUGCAUUCUACUAGGCCUUUCAUUUUCAGGGAUUUUCAUGAACUUGCAGAUCAUGCUGCGUCUGCAUUUGAGACCGUUCGUGACAUAACGGUAGCAUCGAAUCUCAUAGGAGACAUGAGUGGAGGCACCAUUGAUGAUCCUUUAUCAGAUAGAUACAAGAAGUUGGGUUGUUCAAUCUCUCCACUUGAGAAAAACUCAGAUGAUUACAUGAUGAUCUUGAAUUACCUCGAAAAGACCUAUGAACCUGUUAAAGUUGGUGACAUUGAAUAUGGUGUUUCUGUAGAGAACAUUUUUGUAGUUGAAUCAAAGGCUUGUCCUUCUCUUGAAGAAAUGAAGAAACUUCCAAACAAAGUCCUAUUAUGGUGUGGCUCAAGAAGUUCCAACAUGUUAAGGCACCUGCAUCAAGGUUUCUUGCCAGCAGUAUGCUCUCUUCCUGUUCCGGGAUACAUGUUUGGGAAAGCCAUUGUUUGUUCCGAUGCAGCAGCCGAAGCAGCUCGGUAUGGAUACACCGCAGUGGAUAGACCAGAAGGGUUCUUGGUUUUGGCUGUAGCUUCAUUAGGGAAUGAAAUUACAGAAGUGAAAAGCCCACCUGAGGAUACAAAGUCUUUGGAAGAGAAGAAAGUUGGUGUGAAAGGUUUAGGUAGAAAGAAAACAGAUGAAUCAGAGCACUUGACUUGGGAAGGAGAUAUCAAAGUCCCUUGUGGGAGUUUAAUCCCUUCAGAGCAUGAAGAUAGUUCACUUGAGUAUAAUGAAUAUGCAGUUUAUGACCCAAAACAGGUUUCUAUAAGGUUUUUGGUGGCAGUUAAGUUUGAAGAGAAGGAUGCUGUGAUAGUCACAGAAGAGUGAAAAGAAGAAA